UUUUUUCUCUUCCCGUUCACGCUCAUCAGCCGAGGGAUCGGGAACUUGCUGCAAGUGAGCACAACCUAACAAGUCACUUUGACGUGCAUAAGCUUAGCACGGUUGAUGAUGGUACAUUUAAUUGCCUCCACCGAGGCCAAUUUAUCCCUAGGUAUUUAUCAGGUGCAGAAGUAACCUGCAUUAGCACCUUCUGGGCAACUUUACUCUGCAAACACACCUGCAAUCUUCAUCUUUUUCUUUGCUUUCAUCCUCACCUCGCUCUCUUACACGAGUUUAAUCGAAAGCAGCUAUAGUGGAGGUCUUUCACCGGGCCAACUGAGCUACAGGCGGCUCAUUACGCAGAACCCGCUAAAGCAUUGGUUGUCAGCGCACUCCCCGCUCGUCUCUGGGGCAUCUUCCAGGUACCUGAGACCCUGGGCCGGUUCACCUGCAACUCACUUCCAAUCACUUGCACAACUCCGCCGUGGCCCGCCCACUACACUAUCUCGAGCUACUCAUUUCGUCUCAACUCCAUCUUCAUUCUGCAACCACCCAGUUUUUAGGCGCACAAAACGACUGAAACUCCGACGACGAAGCGCAUGAGCGAGCCCGGAUAACUGCCUUUAGCCUCGUACGGCACUUUUAAAAUACUGUAUCCUAUCAUACUGGCCGGCCACAUCGACCUCUUGUUUCAAACUUUGCGCGUUUCCCUGCUGAUUGUACAUACCCUUCGACUUGUUCUUGUGGUACUGAUUGGUGCUGUGAUGCUACUACGCUCUUCAUCAAUCCACCUCGAAAAACCCUUUCAGCUGAGACAGUGUUAAUAUCACGCUGCGAGUAAUCACCUAUAAUACGAGAUGCCGUCAGCAUCGCAAUCAUCUCAACAAUCAUUCAGCAUGAGCCAACAAUCGCAAUCUGGUGUGGGUAACUCCUUCAGAGGUUACAAUGGCGACUCCGAAGGUGCUACCAUCUACUCGGCAUCGUAUUCUGGCGUCGAUGUAUACGAGAUGGAGGUCAACAAUGUCGCCGUGAUGCGCCGUCGCAACGACUCAUGGCUCAAUGCGACCCAGAUCUUGAAAGUUGCCGGGGUAGAUAAGGGGAAGCGCACCAAGAUUCUCGAGAAAGAAAUCCAGACGGGCGAGCACGAAAAAGUUCAAGGCGGUUAUGGAAAGUAUCAAGGUACUUGGAUAAAAUUCGAUCGAGGUGUCCAAGUUUGCCGUCAAUACGGCGUUGAGGAGCUUUUACGACCACUCUUGACCUACGACAUGGGUCAAGACGGAGGUGUUGCUGGUCGAGGUGAUUUUAACACACCAACCAAGGAACAAGCUAUGGCCGCACAGAGGAAACGGCUGUAUAAUCAAAGUACGGACGGAAGACCUAAUGGUCUAAGUGGGACAUUCUUCAAGAACAUCUCGACUACUGCCUCACAUGCCGUCGCCGCCAUCAGCAAAGCUCGCUUCGAUUCACCAGGCCCUCGAAGCCGCAAUGGCCCUUCGAGAGCACCCUCCUUUAGCCGCCAAGCAUCCAUGCAGAACGGAGACGAUUUCCCUACCAACUCUCAACAGAGCUUUGCCUCUGAUUAUGGACAACAAGUUGAUUCAGCAUAUUCGACGCAACAGAUUAACAACUCGGUUCAGAUUAACGAGACAGAGCCUCCUCGAAAACGCCAACGAGUGACCAUGACGCCAGGCGAUAGCUUUAGCGGAUAUGGGCAAAAUAUGGACAUGUAUGCAGCGGCCUUCCCUGGAUCACCCACGGAACCAAACGAGUCUUUUAUCUACACCCAAAAUACUAUGCAGGAUGGCUCGCCGGUGGACGAGGGCAGUGGGCCCCUGGCGCCUCUCCCUUACGAGAUGUCCCCAGAGGUUGAGAUGAAGCGAAACAUGCUGAUGAGCUUGUUUCUGGAAGCUCCUGGCACCGAUCCUACGAAGCAUGACAUGCUUCGAAGUUACACCCCAAAGGAAUUGGAUAUGCCCAUCGACUUGCAAAGCCACACUGCCCUCCACUGGGCUGCUACACUCGCCCGUAUGCCUCUGCUCCGUGCUCUCAUCGCUGCUGGCGCCUCCCCGUCCCGCGUAAAUGCUUCCGGCGAAACAGCCCUGAUGAGGGCAUGUUUAGUCACAAAUUCACAGGAUCAUAACUCGUUUCCUGACCUCCUCGAGGUUUUGGGCAGCACCAUAGAGGCUCGGGACCACAAGGGACGGACGGUGCUUCAUCACAUUGCUGUGACGAGCGCUGUCAAGGGACGCAACGCUGCAAGCCGGUAUUACCUUGAAAGCCUUCUGGAGUGGGUUGUAAGGCAAGGUAGCGCACCUAAUAGUCAGGCUACCAAUGGGAAUGGGCCCAGCGGCUCGCAGUCGGCCAAUCCAAAAAUGGGAAUCGCUCGCUUCAUGAGCGAGAUAGUCAAUGCUCAAGAUAGUGUUGGCGACACGGCCCUGAACAUUGCAUCUCGAAUCGGAAACCGCAGUAUUAUUUCACAACUAUUAGAGGUCGGCGCCGAUCCGAAUAUCGCCAACCGUGUUGGCUUGCGCCCCCUUGACUUUGGCAUUGGUAGUGAGAAUGUUGAGGACAAAACGAACGGCGAAGUCAAUGUGGAUAAGAAUGGCGUGACAGGGACGAAUCAACGUAGUCGUGAGAGCAGUGAUGAGAUAGUAGCCUCCAUCUCUCACCUAUUAUCAGAAACAGGCUCAGCUUUCCAAACCGAGAUGAAGGCUAAACAAGCUUCUCUCGACACUCUUCAUACCACUCUCCGCACGACGUCAACACAACUUGGCGAAGCCCGACGAACUUUCGAGCACCUGAGCGCGACACUGAAGAAGCAACAAUUAGCUAGGCAAAAGGUCGCCAAUCUAUCACACGCACGUGAAGAUGAGCAAGUCCGUCUUAUGCAAGAACAGUCUAGAGCAUCACAGCCCAACCCCUCAUCUUCAUGGGAAACAGAGCUAUCUGCUAUGCUCGAGGCCGCUGAUGAUACCUCGGGCGGCGGUUUCGGUGGUGAGGGUCUCCUGCCCUCAGCAGCAGUUCUACGUGCCCGUAUUCGUGCCGUUGAGGGACGUCGCGAUAUGACUCGAAAGAUGGUCACGGCCCUAAAAGGACGGAGUCGCGAUGUCGAAGUCAAGUACCGUCGUGUAGUGGCGCUAUGCACGGGAGUCCAAGAAGACGAGGUGGACGCUGUAAUUGACGGUCUACUCAAAGCCGUGGAAAGCGAACACGAGGAGCUCGAAAUUAACCGUGUGAGACGCUUCCUCGGCGGCGUCGAAGGUGUUGUGCACUGAUGCUAAGUUCUUUGAUUCCUCGACUGCACAGCACACAUCGGGUUGUGCCUAUUGCAGACUGUAACGACUACACUUUCUGUACGAUUCUGUGUUUAUUUGUACACGGUGCUUUUGAUACCCGCUGAGCCCGAAAAGCAUCCCUGCUCGUGGUGGAUUAGAACAAUGGGCGUUUUCUUACUUAUUGCCAAGGGCUCCAUACCUUUCUGUUUAUAUCUCCAUUACUAUUUCAAGCUUUUUGUCACUUGAUCGUUUUGUCUACGAGAACCGAAGAUUGGACGACUACUUAUACCUUUAUUUCUGGACGAGAAGGAGUGUGCGUAAAAGAGGAAAGGGGAGAAGUUGGCUAGAUAGCGUCCUUGACGAGUAAUGGUGUAUAAUAUAUGACAUGAAGAAUAUUCAUUGACGGGGUGCUUUCACUUUGGUGAAUAUAAGUUAAGUGAUAAGAGACUGAGCAGACUUUACGUGUCUCAGUAGAACUCCAGUGUCGCCCAAUUCAAAACUCCAAACGCCAUGCAAUGCCAUGUGAUAUAUACAAACAAGGAGACGGCUUGUCCAGUUUAGCUCCAAUGCCCAGGGCGAUCUUGCCGAAAAUCUGAUGGCAUGUUCAUGCGACGCCGUUGCGAUAUACCCCUUCCCAUCUUUCCUCUACACCCCCAACUUUGUUCCUCAGGACCUUGAUCUCAGCAUCAAGCUCGUCUACGUUCCUUGACAGAGCGCUGACUUCUUCAAAGCGUCUUGAACCCUGGGCAGUCUUGACCAUAGCCUCAACCAUGAAGCGCUGCUCUUCCAAGACAACGAGUCGCUCACGAAGCUCCUUUUCCUCCGCCUCGAGCUGACUAACAACUGUACUCCCUUCACUAGGUGCUUGCGAUGACGUCUCGUCAGCUAACUCUGAGUGUCGUAAACUCGAUCCGGAGUGGUGAUGGGAAGCGAGAAGUCGUGAAGUAGAGACUGCUGUAGAAGAUGAUGCAGAUGAGCGUGAGCGGAGCAGCUGAGGGAGGCUCUUUAGAGGAAGCAUAUUUGUAUGAAGAAAACCACUAGCGUAUGUAUAUAUCGCCAUUUGAAGACGUCGUUGUGUUGGGCUCUCGGUUGGAAGAUCACGCAGGCGCUUCGCAGCAAUGCCAUAUUUUCCAAAGCUAUCAACCAAACGCUUGCGAAUCUUGGCCGCUUCCUGAAUCUGUGCAUGUGUAGGAGGUGGCUUGUUGAGAUCAAUUUCUCCGCUCUCCUUUUUCUCCGGUUGUAGAUUCAGUAAAGCUCGAUGAAAAGAUGGUAGAAGUUGCUGGAUUCCACGCUCAAACUGCCUCAAGGUUUCGUAUGCUCGUUGAUCUGCUGGCUUGUGCUGUAACGAAGCUGCAAAGUCACGAGCGGAGAAGAUGGUGUGCUUGCAAUCACGACACAUCCGAAUGUCUAUCCCAACUUGCCCGUCACCAGUUACUGACAGGGGCUUUUCGGUCCCCGAAGGCGCUUUUGUUGCACCAUUAGUUUCGCUCGACACAUUCAGACCAACUUCAGAAGAACAUCCUGUUUGCGGGUCUCCACAGACGACGCGACCACAUAUACGGCAAUGGUGCCUUCUAAACGUCCAAGAGCCAAAUUCCUGCUGGCAAAAAGGGCAUUUCGAGACGGUAGCAUCUUCUUCCCACGUAACAACAGACUGUUCGAUGAGCUUCCGAGGGUUCUUUUGUCCUGCUAAUGAUGUGACUGGGCCUAGCAAGGAGCCAUUGGAUUGUGUAAGUUUUUCGGGAGGGUUCGCUAGUAAUUUUGUGAGUUUUGUUAAUCGUUUUUCGAGCCGCGAAAUUUCUAAAUUCUGUCGCUCAACCUUUUUCCUUCUUAUUUCCACGAAUGCGUUAGUGUGGUCCGUCAAUACACCUUGGUGAUCAUUAUAUCCUUCUCUUGAUUUAAAGCAUGUCUCGCAUACUCGUGCCCAGUAGCCUCGAACCGGUUCAUGUUUCGCGCUUCGACUCAAUUUCAUUUGGUACAUGGUAUGUUCCUCGCAGAAUAAUCGUCCACAAUGUCGGCAGUUUAUGCUUCCAUUCAAAGGUCCCAGACUUCUUCCGCACGUCGGAUCUGUACAGAGAUCGUAACUUGUAGACCGUUGCCAAUGAUGUCGUGUAAUAAGUUCGUCGGGGUCAACAGGGCCUUCGAGAGGGUUCUUUCCAGCAGCACUAGAUGGCGCGGAAACAGGGAGGGAUUCGUUUGAUUCAAAAACAUCGAGACCGCGUAGUUUCUGGUUGAUGAGGGAGAGAGGCUGAAAUCGUUUGGCCUUGAGAACCUGCUUAUCAAACCACGUCUUGACCUCAUCCUGCUCCUCCUCUGGUAAUUCUUGGUGGUUGUCGUCG